GGUCGAACGAGAGGAGUAAGAUGGCUUCCUCACCGAGAAGCACUGCGGAAGUUUUCUCCGGCGCAUGCGCAGUGAAGAAGCCGGUGGCAGCAUGGCGGAUAACAGAGUGACAGAAUCGCUUCUGCAGAGGCUGCGGGAUGGGGAAAGCGGAGGACUGGACAGCCUGGAGCUGGCUCAGACGUUGGGGGUGGAUCACCAGCAGGUGGUGGGGGCUGUGAAGAGCCUGCAGUCCCUAGGGGAGAUUAUCGAGGCAGAGCAACGAUCCAGCAAGAAAUGGGAGCUGAGCUCGGAGGGGCAAGAGAUUGCUCAGGAGGGCAGCCAAGAGGCCCGGGUGUAUUACAGCAUACCCAAGGGGGGCUUGGCCCAGAGCGAGCUCAUGAAACUGGCAAUUGCAAAAAUUGGAUUCAGCAAGGCAAUGUCAAAUCGCUGGAUUCGAUUGGACAAGUCAGCAGAGGGCGGUCCAAUGAUCCAUAGAGUGGUGGAUUCUGUAGAAGAUGCUGUGAAGGAGAAGCUACAGCUGAUUGAGAAAGGAAAGGCGGACGGUGUAAAUGAGAAGGACAAAAGUGAGCUGAAAAAGAGGAAACUACUCAAUGAAGUGACGGUUAAAACGUACUGGGUAACAAAGGGAAGUGGGUUCAGCACCAGUAUUGCCAAACAAGAAACUGACCUUACCCCAGAAAUGAUUGCCAGUGGCUCCUGGAAGGACAUGAAAUUCAAGGCAUACAAUUUCAAUGCACUGGGCGUGAUGCCAGAAUGUGGUCACUUGCACCCUCUAAUGAAAGUCCGUACACAAUUCCGACAGAUUUUUCUAGAAAUGGGCUUCACAGAGAUGCCGACCAAUAACUUCAUAGAGAGCUCUUUCUGGAACUUUGAUGCCUUGUUCCAGCCUCAGCAACAUCCAGCCAGAGAUCAGCAUGAUACCUUCUUCCUACAGGAUCCAGCCAUGGCAUCCGAAUUCCCUAUGGAUUAUCUAGAACGUGUGAAGAAAGUUCAUUCUGAAGGAGGAUAUGGCUCACAAGGCUAUAAAUAUGACUGGAGUAUCAAUGAGGCCAAGAAGAAUAUCCUGCGGACACAUACGACUGCAGUCAGUGCUCGAAUGCUGUACAAACUAGCACAGCAGGAGUUCACCCCGGUGAAAUAUUUCUCCAUUGACCGCGUGUUUAGGAACGAGACACUGGAUGCCACCCAUCUAGCAGAGUUUCAUCAGAUCGAAGGCGUGGUGGCAGAUUAUGGCCUGACCCUGGGGGAUCUGAUGGGCAUUCUGAAGGAAUUCUUCAAUAAACUCGGAAUCACCAAAUUGCGCUUCAAGCCUGCGUAUAAUCCUUAUACAGAGCCGAGCAUGGAGGUCUUCAGCUACCAUGAAGGCUUGAAGAAGUGGGUGGAAGUGGGGAACUCUGGAGUUUUCCGGCCAGAGAUGCUGCUGCCUAUGGGGCUUCCAGAGGGAGUGUCGGUCAUUGCAUGGGGUCUCUCGCUGGAGAGGCCAACGAUGAUCAAGUAUGGCAUUAAUAACAUUCGAGAGCUGGUGGGGCACAAAGUCAAUCUACAGAUGGUGUAUGACGGUCCGAUAUGCCGCCUGGACUCAUAAUAACUUAGCAGUUGGGAAGAACAACAUGGAGAACUUCAACAACUGAUUGAAGGAGAGGCAGAAGUCUUCAGUCCAUCAAUGGCCAGGCUUGGUGCUCUCAUAUUUAGAAGCCACAGAGUGACCAUGUUUGAAAACAUCCACCAUAUUACCCAUAUUUUAUAAAUGAUGUGACAUUUAUAUAUCCCUCCCUUUUCUAAGAACAAGAUAGUAAAAAUGUUUUUUAUAUAAAAAAAAAUAAAAAAGACCCCUAUUUAUUUACAUACUCUCCUGGACCUUUAGAAUUUGCCCUCUUUCAGGUGUGAAUUGUUGAAGUCUUGUGUCUGCUUCACCUUACAAAAGGGAAUACAGAAAACACCAACAGUUUUACUACUAUAUUUGCAGACUAGAUACAACCAGCCACAAUAAAGAUUUACUUUAUCAGUAAA